GAAGUCAGGGGCCAGAGAAGUCACCUUCCCUUUUUUCGAAGUUGCUUCUCAGCAGAGUGGAAAGCCCCAGCCAGACCCCAGUGCACCAAAAGCAUCCUCCCAGGCGCAGGGCAGCCACAGGGCAGAAGCAGCCAGACAGGUCCCGCCGCGCCCGCCCGGGGGCAUGGAGCCCAUGAAGAAGUUUCAGACGGUCCUGGACCUGUACCUCAAGCACCGCGACACGCUGGGCUACGGCCUGGUCACGCUGCUGACCGUGGGCGGGGAGCGCAUCUUCUCCACCGCCGUGUUCCAGUGCCCCUGCAGCGCCACCUGGAACCUGCCCUACGGGCUGGUGUUCCUGCUGGUGCCCGCGCUGGCGCUCUUCCUCCUGGGCUACGUGCUGAGCCCCCGCACCUGGCGCCUGCUCACCGGCUGCUGCAAGGACACCCGCCCGGGCUGCACCGACUGCUGCACCGGCUGCACCGGCUGCUGCCGCGCGGGGCGGCGCGGGGCGCAGGUGUGCGUGCAGCUGACCUGGGGGGCCUCCCUGGCGCCGCUCACCUGGUUGGCCGUGGCGCUGCUCGGCGGCUCCUUCUACGAGUGUGCGGCCAGCGGGAACCCCAUGCUGGCGCGGCUCCUGUGCAAUGACUCCCUGUGCGUGAAGGAGCUGCCGCUGGUUCCCUGCCACAAGGCGAAGAAUGAGACCGUGCAGGCCCUCCUGAUGAACCUCAAGGCCCAGUCGCAGAUCCUGGGCUGGAUCCUGAUAGCCACUGUGAUCGUCGUUGUUCUGAUUGUUGUGUCUGUCACCCGAUGUGCAUCUCCAGUUAGUUUUCUGCAGCUGAGCUUUUGGAAAAUCUACGUGAAACAGGAGCAGAAGAUCCUCAAAAGUCAAGCCAUAGAACAUGCAACGCAACUGGCAGAAGAGAAUGUUAAAUGUUUCUUUGAAGGUUCACUUGCGAAGGAAAUCAACACUCCGAGCAUGAAAGCCUGGCAGCAGAUCUCAUCCCUAUAUACUUUCAAUCCAAAGAAACCGUACUACAGCAUGCUGCACAAGCAUGUGCACAGAGAAGAGAAGAACCAGAGUAUCAGGAGCACGGAAAGAGAUGAGGUGGUUCAUGUUCUUGACUUUGUAGAUAAACAUAAUUUACACACCACUGAUGCGAUAUGAUCCUGUGAGGGAAUAAAAAGAAAAGGGUCCUUUUGAAUUAUUACUUCAUCCUUUAAAAGUGAUUAUGGUGAGGUUUUACUUUGGUCUUCCAAAUUAUGGGAGUAUGGAAUUUUAAAUCUGAAAUAAAAAUGUGUAAUGUUA